GAGGUGGAAAACUGUGGGGCUGUCAGAGACUGGCUGCAGCAUUGCAUCCAUGUCUGUGGGACUAAGCAGGGGAUAGCAUGGGAGAAGAACCAUAGCAGGUUUUACUGGUCAAGUGCUGAGUCUUUACUGAGGAGAAAGCGGGGAGAGGGAAGGUGCAUUCAAGUGUUGGAGGAGGGGCGAUGUCAGCAGUAAAAAAGGAGCUGCGGAGACAGAUCAGGGAGUAGGGAAAGGAGGAGCUGAGUAUAAACGUGAGAGUGUGAGGCUGAUCGUAGUCGAGGAAAGAUGGGAGACAGACUGACAAGAGAAGGGAUUGUUUACAUCUGCAGAUUCAUUUAGUCCACAGCCUACAAAUAAGGAAACUCUAUAACAAGUGUGUUUGGUGAACAAUGCGUGUACUGUUAUUUAUAGGGAUGAUGCUAUCAGCACACACUGGGGCGCUUGGCUGAAAAUAGCCUUUGAAGAUGGCAGAUGAGAGGAUCCAAAAAACAUUUAAAGCCUCUCUGUUGUCAAAUCUGUAACUUGGGCUCCUGUUUGUUAUUCUUCCCAUCUGUCAGGUUGCUGUGUGAGUGUGUUGGUGUUGUCCUUACACGUCAGUCACAGGGAAAUCUACAGGGAGGUGUUGGACUUAAAAGAGGACCACCAGACUGAAAUCGAGGGGAUCAGUAGAUGUUAAGGUGUAGAUAUUAAAGGAUGCUACAGGUGGUUUGGACACUUUAACGCCAUCUGCAGCCUCUUACGUGACAAGUGAGGUCUGACAUGCCGUCCUCCUCUCCAUAACGUGUGUCUUUGUUUACAAUCCCUCGGCCCACUGACUCCCUGAGCAGACAUGGCUUCCCCAGCUCCAGUUCGGUCUCCUCCCCUCCCUCCCUCCCUUGAUCCUGUCCCAACUUCUGUCCCUGUCCUGCGUCCAGUGCAAAAAUAGCAACAGAGGAACCGGGGCUCCUCAAAAGACAGGACAGAAACACUGGCCUUGAGUCUGACAGUAAACACAGGUUGGAGGGGUUUGUCAAAGCUGGGGGGCACACACUGUAGCAGAAAAAAGACUUUUGUUUGGCGUGUUUCUUACAGCCAGCUGAUGUGAGAGGCUGUUGCUCUGGGCAGUUGUGGCCCUGCAGCUGGGUAAGCCAUGGGGAACGAGAGCAGCACGACUGAAACAUUGCCAGAAGAGGGCGCUGCAGAAAAUGUUGUUCUGUUGCCACCUAAGGAAAGUCAAAAUGACUCCGUGCAGGCUGAAGCUCGAGCCGAGAGUUCGACUCAGAGGGACGACGGAGCGCUACUGACCGAGGUUUCCACCAGCCAGCACAGCCUGCUGUCUCAGCCCGUGCUGCCAGACAUCCCAGUCAUCACCGGGGUGGAGGAGAGCCGAGGCACGGCCGCAGACCAGGAGGACAAGGAGGAGCUUGAGUUUCCUCACGACCUGCUGCCCAGUUUAGAUUUCAGCAGCGAGCUCAACAUCUGGGAGUCCUCACUGGGAGCUAAAACCAGCUCAGGUGACAGGAAAUGUGAACAGGUGAACCCCCUGCUGGCGGGUCUGCAGCAUCACAUAGAAGUCAGUCAACCAUUGCUGUUUCAAGAUUCAAGGCCUCACGGCUGCGACCCACUUGUCGCAGAUGUCCAGCUCUUAACUCAGCCUGCUGCCACACCUUACCCGGGUAACAGACCCCUGGCCCCUUCCCCAUCCACAUUCUUAGACCGGGAACUCCAAGAGGCCUUCCAAGAAUGUGAAGAACAACUGGUGUCACUGGGCAUAGUCACUCCCACUCAGCCUUGCAGCCCCGAGCCCGGGACGUGGUGCAAUGAAGGGAAUACAACCGGAAAAGUGAUGGUUAACAAGUCCAGUGAGUCAUCGUCUCCACCUCCAAUCGUUGUCCAGCUAGGACAUAGCAACGGGGGCCAUGGAAACAGAAAUGCACAUGGAAACAGUGAGACAGCAGACAGUCAGAAGGAUACAGUUGUGUUUAGUUUUAGGGAUUACAUACUAGGCACUGUGAAUAAUGAUGGGACAGCAGAGACUGAAAACCUGAAAGCAGAAAAAGAAAUUAAGACAGAUGAAGAGAAGGAAGCACCCACGCAAAUACAAUUAGAAAUGCCAACAUAUUCAGCUGGAGAACAACCAAAACAGGCUGUGUUUAGUGAUCAUACAAACGAUCUAAGACAGGGAAAUGCUAAUUCCAGUGCAUCUGUGGGGGGGAGUAGCACUGUAGACUCUGAUGUAGUGAUUAGGAAGAAAGACACGGAGGCAAAGACAGACAAAGAAGAAAAUCUAAGUGAUGAUUUCAGUGCUGGUGUUUGUUUUGAAACAAAGGUAGGUAAUUCAGCUAUGGAAACAUCAGAGCGUAGCCCUCGUUUAAGGGAUAGAGACGCAUUACCAGAGCUGCAAUCAAAAGGACAGACAGGAGCAGGCAAGCACACUGUGGAGCAGGAAUCAGACACAUACAAGCAGAGUUCAGCUGGUGAUAAACAGGCCGCCCAGAACAAAGAGGCAAAGAAAAAGAGACACAGGAAAAAGAAAAAGAUGGAGAAAAGCCCGGAAACUGGGCAGGAGGCACGCACAGCAGUGCAAUCUGAAAAUGAAGUCAUAAAUGCUGAAAACCCCACAGAUUCACCUUCAGGUCCUGUGAUUUGUGGGCAACACCCUGACAACAGGCUUGAUUACAAGGAGCAGCUUGAAGGAAAACCCACAUCCAGCUCCCUACUAUCAUCUCCUCAUAGCAGUCAGGAUCAUCUUACUCCCUCAGCCUGUUCACCUGCACCCAUGCGGGCUCUUUUGCAGAAGCCUCAUCAAUCAGACAACCAUAAUGAUCCCCUAAGCAGCAUAAAUAAAAUCUCCAAUGAAAGCCUGCAGUGGGGGCAACAUGUAACCGGAGGUGAAACCAGCAACCAAAAUAUACCCGUGACACAUGUCCAAAAUACAGCGAUCAAUCAAGCUGCUUCUAGUGAUAAGAGAUCAGAUACACAAACAUGCCAGGCUUCAGUUACAGAAGCAAAAAUACUCACACCCGAGAAUCACGUCCCACUCUCCAACAGCCGAACUUGUGUGGGAGAGAGUUGCAUGGAGAGCGUCCUUGAAGAGGCUUUAGCGGUGGUUACUGCGUUGCCACUGACAACACCCACACUGCCAGAAGUGAUAGAAAGCGAGGGAGAGGGAGAAAGCGUGAGGUGUGAUUUAGUGGAGAGAGUAGCUGCUAGAGCAGUUGCAGAGAGUGAGGAAGGAGUAGAGGAGAGAGGGACAGAAAAGUGCCUCAUUUCUGCAGACGGAGAGAGGGACGAAGUCCUGGGCAGCCCUUCUCGGCUCGCGUUAAUCUGUUCCCAGGCAAAAUGCUCACUUGCAUUGUCAGCCAAAGAGGGACCGGCUGCAGCUGAGGAAAGCUGCACCAGCAAAAUGCCACACAACUCGGCCGAGAGCGAAAUCAAGGCACCGAGAGAGGCGACCGUUCGGAGUUCGCGCAGAGAGCUGUCACCGGCCGAAGAGGGAGAUGCAGAAAAGGAGCCACAGUGCUUAGAGGCUUAUAUCAAUACUUCUCCCCUUGGGCUACUUACUGGUUCUGAUUGUCAGGAUCACAUUGCCGCGGGAUCAAAGAGAGAAGGAGAGGGAGGAGGAGAGGAGGUGGUAGAGAAAGGAGGGCUGGUGAGAGAGCACAGUUCAUUCAGCCAGCCAGAAGGCUCUGCUAGUGGGCUGUCAUCUGCUCAGACUGAAAGGUGUCCGCCCACCGAUGUUGCCGAGUCACAGCUGAAAUCACAGAGCUGGAGGGAGUCGAUCGCUACCAUCACUGAGAGCAUCUGCACCGAAGAGGAGCGUCUCUGUCGACCCCGCCGGGAGCACCGUGGCGCAACAAUUUCACCUCUCCUCCCUGACGCUGAGCAGAGCUACAGUAAAACAAGCGGAGGCAGACGGGCCGAUCUCGAUCAGAAGUUAGUGUCAGAGGAAGGGCUGGCUCUGGGACGCACUUUCGAGGAGUCAUCCGUCACAGAGACAAACUACAGUCGAGUCUUCCCGUCUUUAACCUCACGCCAGCAUUUGAUCACUUCAGAGAAAAUCCCAGUUAAGCAACAAGCGAGCAACAAUCAACAGGUUCAGCCUAGUAGCACAACAGAAGCAGAGACAGUCGAAAGUGCAGCCAAGCUUCAAGUCGAAGCCUAUAGACAGAGCAACAGUGGUAGCACCGCUAUGUCUGAAGUCGGUGUGUAUCUAUGUGGCAGGAGUGGAGGUAACAGAGUUCACUUCAUGGAUGCAGAGAAGGAAAUGGGCAGUUCCUCCGUGGAUCUCAAGACCAUGCCGGUGCCAGCCCUGGACUGUGCGUCUUUACCCCCGCUGACUGUUCACGAGCAGUUGCGUCAUCCUGUUUUUGAGGCCAGCUAUACUUUCACAGACUUUCUCAACUCAAAGAAGCCAGACAUCCCUAUGAAUCCAGCUCCUACCAAGGAUGAAGCAGCUGCGUUUUCAGAGGCACAGAAAGAUGUCUGUUUGGCUAAAGGGGACACGAGGACUAAAGAAACAAAGGAGAACAUUGCCACAGAUCAAUCACAUAGUGACAGUUUGAAGACAAACACUGUAGAUUCACAGUCGGUGAACAGCUCACAACAGCUUCCACGUCCUGCUGAGGAGACUCAGGCUGGUAAUAAAGGGUGCUUUGAUGUUUUACAACCACCAGGAAGUGCCAUCUCUGAGUCAAAUCAUCUGACAUUUGAACUGGUCACAGCAAAGGCAGAGGCGGAGACACAGAAAGAUGCUGCAAUUGUGUGUUUGCCCAAGGAGGAGGAGGAGAUUAAGAAGGUGGUGGCAGAGUCUAAAGGUACAGCUGACAUUGACCAGCCUCAGGAAUCACCUUUAAGUGCUACUCCUGUCAUUCUUGAAGAAAACAAAGGGAACCAGCAUAACUGUGCACCUUUAAGUGGUGUUGACACAAGUUCAACAUCUGAACCUGUGACCUUGACUUGCGCAGCUCCUCUGCAGAUGAAGCAUUGUGACCCAGCUGAUCAGCCUAUUAUGCAAUUAGGUGAAAAACCUCCUAACGAGCCAGUUAACCCAGAUAUUACGAAGGCUGGGGAAGGGCCCAAGUCCCCCACCGGCUCUGCCGAUCCCACAAAGGACGCGUGGGUGACUUCAGAAGUGACGGCGUCUGACGAGUCAAGCACGUUUAUCGGGCAGUGUGUCAGUAAUCCUGCUUUUGAGCUGCAGCCUCCUGGCCCAAUGUUGAGUCACCUAGAGUUCGUUACCGACUCUGAUGCAUCUGUCUCUGAAAAGGCAUAUAACUGCAGUGCUGAUGGUGACAGCAGCAGUGACUCCAGAGAGGUGGAUGCCCAUAAGAGCCGAGAAGUGACACACACUUCAUUAGCACAGCAUGCUGAGAUCGGCGAUGUCUAUGUUAACGCUAAUGAGGUCUUGCCAAAAUUGGAGAAUUUAAAUUUUGAUACUAAAGAGUCUGCUGCUACCAGUAAUGUAAAUAGUCAGUUAUCACAAGAGGAAAAUCUGAUUCCACCUCAGCCUCCCAGCGAUGCAGUGACAAGAAAUAAACCUGCUAAUGUAAUUCCUCUAUCUCAAACAGUGCCAGACUCUGCUGGCAUUAAACCUAUUAUUUGUGAAGCCUCCAUUAGGGAUGACAUCACAAAUGUCAGCUACCCAUUUAACUCCGACCUGCCCGCCAACGAGGUUUAUGAUACAAUUAAAGGGGACAAUGUGAAAGAAAACCACAUAAUGGGAGAUCAGACCGCCAUGUUGUUUGAAGAGCAAAAGAAACAAGCUAAAGAGGCAGCAAUGGAUAAUCAAAAGGAAGCAGCAGACAGCAGCAAGCAACAGACAGGAAAGACAGGCACAAUGCCACAACAGAAUAAUGAAGCAGAUAAAGAGACUAUAGAAGAAAUUGGAGCCCUGCAGCCACCACAUGCACAUAUGGGACAAAAGAGUGAAUCGUCAUUAAAGGAUGUGAAGAAGGAAAAAGAAAUAAAGAACACUUUUGAAUCCAAAAGCGAGACUGAAACUUGUUCCUCAUCUCCCAGCAGAUUUCCGGGGUCAUCCGAGGACGUGCUGCGUGCUGACUUAGAGUCUAGUAGCGAACCUCUGACUGUUUAUGAUUCCAGUUUGCGCCAAAUUCCGACAGCAGCGCUGGAAUGCAGCUCUGACUCUGCACCAGAUUUGAGUGCAGCUCUUGGCCAAUCACAGUCCACACCAGAUCCAAAUUGUUUUGCUCAGCAACAGGAGCACCAUCAACAGUAUCUGGGAUCCAGACAUCCCACAGAGGCAAUGUCAGGUGGCUGUCUAGAGGGGGGAGAAAAGGCUAACGAUCAGACCCAGACACUGGUUAAGGGAGUAAAAGGAGCCACAGAGGAAGGAGACAGCUCUGCUGGGGAUAUUUGUCAGUCAGGAAGCAAGGAUGAGUUAGCAGGUGAUGCCAGCAUGAGCAAUGAAGGAGUGAUAAAGUCAGUGAAAGGCGAGGAUGCUUCACUAGAGGUUCAUAGGUUGCCAUCUUCCCUUGAUUCAAAUGAAAUUGAUGGGAGAAAUGCUUCACCUGAUGCAGGGAUAGCAGCGGGUUACUCUCAUGUAAGUGAGACAAGUCAGGAGACAGAUGAGAAUGAAAGCCCAGGGUUAGAGGGGUCAGGUAGAGAUUUAAUGCCAGACACUGGGUUUGUGAGUGAUCUGAUUGAUAAAGAUCCGCAAAAAUGUGAUCUAUCAGCUGUCUGUCAAGAGCAGAGUAGAAAAUCCGAGCUGUCAGAGAAUCUGGUUGUAUCUGUUGAGCCUGUUUCACAGGAACACGAAAGCUCAUCUUUUCAUAUUCCCAUUUUAACUAAAGAUAGCACAGCUAGUGAUGCUAUUCAUGCAGAUUUUUCACCAAGUACAAACCAGGCUGGUGAAAUUCCUAUGCACACAUGCAGCUCUCUGCCAGAUCCUGCUGCGCAUCCAGAAACUGGAGGAGAGGAUUUCAGUGCUGCCGUGGCUCUAAAAAUCACCGGUAGUGAAAGCGUUGCGUGUGAAAGUCAGGAUACAGUGUCCAGGCCUCAUGGGCUGCAAAGGCCCAAUAAAACCUCAGCCACACAAAACAGCCCAAUAGAACAAACACCCAUAAAAGGGCCUGAUGUUGAGGAGAUGACAAAGGAAGAUAAAGAAGCCUUGGAUGAAGGGAAUGUUAGCGAGCAGGGUGAGGAACAAAAUCGGAUAAAAGUCAUAGAUGGUGGAGCUUUGGGAAAGCAGGGGGUUGUGCAUUUAGCAGGAAGUGAUAAAGAAAUGGGCUCGGGAUCAAUCACCGUUUUAGGCAACUCCCAAAGUGGGGAGGCACAGAUUAGCACGGAGGUUGCUGUGUGUCACUCUGAUGGCAACACCGGUCCUUGUAAGGCAAGGGAAAGUGACAGUGAUGCAACAGAAAAAAUGACUGCGGACGUGGACACAGGCCCAUCUGUUGUUUCAUCAAAAUGCCUAGAAGAUUUCGAAACUCUUACCCACUCAGAGAAACCACAAGAUGUGGUGCCACUGUCAAAGCCCCCAGAUGACACUGUGGUUAAACCCACUGCUGCUGCCGCUCGGUGCGAAUCAGAAUCACUCGAUAGAGCUCCAGCCCGCCGCCCUCCUGCUGAACAAGUAGAAGCUGCUGAAGCAGACACAAACUGGAUAAAAGCGCUCAGGGAAGCUGCAUCCCAUUCUCAAAGCGAACAAGUGAACCCAGUGGAUGCCUUAAGACCCUUUCCAUCUCUGGAGUCUCCUCAACAAGAGUUUCUCACUCCGACUGAGGAGAUAGCAGCUCCCGUGAGACAGGAGAAGACCCCACCACCAGAACUAGCAGCGGAGGAGACAGCAGAGAUCCCACCUGUGAAUCUUGUGAAGAAGCCAGUAGACCUUCCCAGACCUUUAAAAAAGGCAGGAGAUCUCCUAGAAUCAGCACAUGAGAUAGCAGAGCUUUCCAAACCACCGCAGAGUAUAAAAGUAGAAGAAGAAGAAACGACAAAGGCAGAGCUUCCAGAAGCAGCCAAGAAAGAAGAAGAAGAGCAUCCAGAUGAGGUUCAAGAACCAAAAAGGAAGCAAGUUACUUCAACAGAAGUAGUGAAUGAGGAACAGGCAAGAGAAGGAACAGAUGAGAUCCCAGAACCAACAGCUAAUGAUAAUGAGCUCGUAGAACCAGCAAAGUAUGAAGAACCAGAAACAACAAAGCCGACUACAGAGUCCCCACAGUCAGAGGAGAAGCCGGUCAGCGAGCUGCCAGUGGAGCUAGUGGAAAAACCUUUAGACAUCCAGCCCGUGGAGCCAGCUGAAGUCCUAGCUGAGGAAACUGCAGCGACAGAGGCUGUUCAGGAUCCAGCUGCAGAGCUACGGGACAGUGGGCCCUCCCUCGGUGACAAAGUAGAGAGCGGUCACCUGGCCCCCGCCUCUCCUCAACCACUACCCUCCGAUCACCACCUCCUUCCUACUCACUUCCGAGACACCGCAGAGUUCCCUACCUCCGUCCCCACACUUCCAGAGGGUCACACACUUGAAGCCCUACCGACCCCGCCUACGUCCCCCUGUCCUCCUCACCCAGCCCCUGCCUCCCCUCCUGCAUCUUCUGCUGACCCCUGUGAGGAUGUUUACCCCGCUUCUGCACCCUGCCAUAUCCCUUUAAGGAGCUCAGACUCUGAUGGCGCUUUUGAGACCCCUGAAUCUACAACUCCAGUGAAGGCUGUUUCUCCAGCUGAGCCUCAGAUAAAGCAAACAACAUCUGACGAGAAAGUAGAAGACACCUCAAUCACUGAUCCUACAUCUGACUUCACUGCAGCCGAACUACCAUGCCAUUCUGCGUCAAAUACUUUUGAUGAAAACAAGCCCAUCGCUGCCAGUGGUACAUAUAACAUUGACUUUUUUGCUGCAGAAUCAACGACUCACACUCUAACCCGUUCUCUGAGCCUCCAGGGAGGAGAACUAGAUAGUUCUGCUCUGUUGGACGGAUCACCUUCAGGAGGUUUCCGUCCACACUCCGAGUCUUUCAGUGUAGGCACUGAGAGUGCCCCAGGGACACUCCGCAGGCCCAAGAAAGGUCGUCCUGGGUCUGUAAAGAAAAAGCCUCUUCUCAGACAGAACUCUAACCCAGAGAGCCCAAGGCCAGACUCAUCCAGCAGCACCCCAGAAAUUAAGAAGCGGGCGAAACCUCGAACAGCCAGCCCUCUCCAGGCUCAGGAGGAAACUGAAGGAGGCUCUGCAACACCGAGUCCUGGAGGAACGCAGCGAAAAGCCAGAAAGACCCGUGUUGAGACUCCUCCUCCCCUGCCAGAGGAGACCAAUCAUACCACCCAAGAGGAGAGCCUUAUUGUUGCUGCCUUACCUUUAUGCCAGGAGGAGAUACCCCUCCCUGAAAGUCAAGCAGACAAAGAAGAAACCCCCAUCCCUCCCAGUGGCUCCUACAAAUGGGAUCCAGACAACUUUGAGAACAUCAACCCCUUUAAAACCGGAGGUAGUAAAAUUGCCAAUUCCCCUGUUUUGGGUCGUAAGGAGCCUGUGUGUGCCCCCAUUUCCACCCCUCUAGAGAGUCCCCCCGUCCCAUCUGAGGAACCACAUCACCCCAGUCCACCCGCUCCUAUUAGAGAGCCAGUCACGAAUCCUGAGGAGCAGCCCAUUAUACCCAAGCGUCAGUCACUAAGACUGGAGUUUGACUACUCCGAGGAGAGUGGUGAGGCAUCACAUCAGGCCUCUCCUCCACCUAAGAAGCUAGGCAAGAAGCCAGGUGCCAAGAUGCCUCUGAGGAAACCAAAGCUGGGGCUGAAAAAGGCGCCUCCAGCACAGACAGAGCAGCUGGACAACAUUCCUCCGGCAACUCACAACAGCAACGAGGAUGAAAUCCCGGCAACUAAAGCAUCUUACACCUUUGAACUCGACAAGUAUGAAGAUCCAAACUUGAAUCCAUUUACUUCAAGGAAAAGUAUCACCAACUCCCCCAAACUAUCCAGGCCGCCUUAUAACUUUGAUGACUCCAUAGACCCUUUCAAAAGCUCCAACAAGUUGGCCAAUUCCCCUCCUAAGACUUCUGCCUCAUUUGAACUGUCAUCCAAUGACAAUGAUACUGAAAAUGACAACCUCGGGGAAUUAGAGGACCAGAACCAGAACAAACCUGCCAAGAAGAAGAAAACUCCCAUCAAAUCGAAGUCCAGGGGUGUGUCUUCUCUAUGUUGUUUUUUUAAUACUUUCAGAGUGAAGAGGUCGCCAAAGAAAUCACCCUUAUCUGACCCAUCACAGGAUCUUAUACCCGCAGAUGAACCUUCCUCCCUUCACCAGCAGGAUGACCAUGCCACAGAUGAGGAGAAACUAGCCUCCUCCACCAGUCAUAAGUGGGCAGCCCUGCACGACAUGGAUGGAGAUUUAAACUCUGACCAGCAAGACUUUCCUCAACCGUGCGACCUUACAUCCUUUGUUAAUGAGAACAGCCUUCCUAAGGAGACUCCAGUACAAGACUAUGAAAUUGAGUACAUGGAGAAGAUUGGCUCCUCUUCCCCACCUCCGUCUGCAAAGAAGCCAUCUUUGUACUUGAAGUUGGACUCGGUAUCUGACAACUUAACCAAAAAUACAUGUGCGCAUGGAUCUGAACCCAGCUCCCCCUGCACAGGGAGUUUUGAAGAGAUGGAGGCCCAGAUUACAGCAGGUAUGAAGACACCGGUGCUCAGCUCCCGGCCUGGCCCCGAGGGCUCUGCUGCAGACAAGGGCAGGAAGAGAGAAAGCGAGGUGCUCAGUCGAACACAGAGCACAGAGAUGGAGGAGCAGCCCCCUAGCCAGGGCCCCGUGGAGGCACUUGCGCCAGCCCUGGCCAUGCCCCUGUUAGACAGGCUGUCUGAGUGUGACGACCCCCUGCAGUACCUGGAGCCUGACCUGGCUGAGACCAACCCCACAGCAUUCGCCCAAAAACUGCAGGAGGAGCUGGUGCUUGCUGCCCUGAGGAUAGAGGCUCUGCAGGUAGCCAAAAACAUCUCUCAGUGCCCCUCCCUCUCCACUGUAACCCCCCAGGUACUGCGCUGAGUCAGCCUGCACCUGCUGUAUGCAAGUGUGUGUGUGGGUGAACAAGUGUGUUUGCAAGAGCAAAAGAUGCAUCUUGAAUGAGGGAUUAGCGAAACGCAGGUGUGUGUGAAAUGCACAUGUGCGUGACUGUGUGUGCGUGUGUGUGUGUGUGUGUGUGUGUGUGUGUGUGUGUGAGU